GAGGAGGAGCGGAUGGAUGGCAGCCUGGGAUCAUCCGCCAACACCACCACUAACAACAACUACAACCCUCCUCCGACUGGGACCAGCUCCGGGUUUAAUCAUUAUUAUGGGAAUGGAAGAGGAGGGCCUUGCUGUGAUCAACAUGGCGGACAACAAAGCGCAGGGACUGGGGUAACAGCAGCAGCUCGAUCAGUACACAGCACUAUGGACCAGGUUCAGAACUCACACGAAGGAUACAACAACAACAACAACAACAACAACAACAACAGUCCGUAUAACCACUACCCGAACUACCGACCCGGCUAUGGGAGCGGUGGGAGCGGUGGGAUGAUGAGUCCCUCCAGGCAGGGGAACAACCUGACGGGCCCGGGCAGCAGCGGCAGCAAAGCGGCUAUGACUGCUCCCAGCACCCCGGCUGGAGGAGGAGGGUUUCCGCGGUUCCCCGGUCAGCAGAGCCAGCAGCAGAUGCUCGGUCCGUCCGGAGCUACACCGACAUUAAACCAGUUAUUAACGUCUCCCAGCACCGUGAUGAGAGCUUAUGGGAGUGGAUACCCUGAUUAUAAUAAUCCGCCGAGCAUGGCACUGAAAGACAUGAGCUCCGGGUUCGGUUCGGCUGCUCUCGGUUGGGGAGGACAACAACGAAAUCACCCGAGAAUGAGCCCGGGGAGCACCGGGCAGAACGCCGGGCAGGGCGCCGGCAGGUCCCAGGUGGCAUCCAUGGACCCGAUGGCGAUGAAGCGCUCGCAGCUCUACGGGAUGAGCAACAACCCGUACUCCCAGCAGCAGCAGCAGCAGCAGCAGCAGGGGGCGCCAUACUCCGGACAACCCUACAGAGCCCCCUCCCCCCACAGAUACCCCAUGGGGGUGUCCAGCAGGGGGCAGAUGGCGAUGGGAGGGAUGCAGUACUCUCAGCAGCAGGUAGGGGGCGCGGUGUGUCCACUAAUUCAAAUAAAUCAUGAGGAAUAA